CACCGGCGCCAUUUUGCCCGAGCUUGCGACCGAGUGGGAGUGGAGCGAGGAGGCUGUUGUUGCCGACUCUUUCCUCCUCCCCACGGUCCAGUCAGCAGGUUGAUUAGGCCAUAGGCCCUCGAGCCGAGACUUGUCUCUUAUUAGUUCUGGGGAGCGCCUGGCCGACAUGAGUGAUGUAGAGGAGAACAACUUCGAGGGCAGAGAGUCUCGCUCUCAGUCAAAAUCUCCAACGGGAACUCCUGCUCGUGUAAAAUCGGAGAGCAGGUCAGGAUCUCGUAGUCCAUCAAGGGUUUCCAAACACUCUGAAUCCCAUUCUCGGUCAAGAUCAAAAUCCAGGUCGAGGUCAAGAAGGCAUUCUCAUAGACGUUACACUCGAUCCAGAUCCCAUUCUCACUCUCAUAGGAGACGAUCUCGAAGUAGGUCAUAUACACCAGAAUACCGGCGUCGAAGGAGCCGAAGUCAUUCUCCAAUGUCUAACCGGAGAAGACAUACAGGCAGCAGGGCAAAUCCAGAUCCCAACACUUGUCUUGGAGUGUUUGGCCUCAGUUUGUACACAACAGAAAGAGAUCUUCGUGAAGUAUUUUCUCGGUAUGGACCAUUGAGUGGCGUCAAUGUUGUUUAUGAUCAGCGAACUGGACGAUCACGAGGAUUUGCCUUUGUUUAUUUUGAGAGAAUAGAUGACUCAAAGGAGGCUAUGGAAAGGGCAAAUGGAAUGGAGCUGGACGGUAGAAGAAUUCGUGUGGAUUAUUCUAUUACCAAGAGGGCACACACACCUACACCAGGCAUCUACAUGGGCAGACCAACUCAUAGUGGUGGUGGCGGUGGCGGAGGUGGUGGUGGAGGUGGAGGAGGUGGCAGACGUCGAGAUUCUUACUAUGAUAGAGGAUAUGACCGUGGGUAUGACAGAUAUGAAGACUAUGAUUACCGGUACAGAAGAAGAUCACCUUCUCCUUACUAUAGUCGAUACAGAUCACGAUCAAGAUCUCGUUCCUACAGCCCAAGACGCUAUUGAUAAACCAGAAUGUUUGCAGCUAAGGACAUCUUUUUCUCUUUCUCUUUUUUUGUUUAAUUCUGGAUUUCCCCAAGCUUCCAAUCCUUCAUAGUCCUUUAAAAGAACCCUUAAAAAAAUCUUUGCUUUAUUUAGCAUCUACACUUUGUCAGUUGUAUUGCUGUUUUCCACCCCUUUAUUAUACUCCUAAAGAUGUGAUUGUUGUCAUUUUGAGUAGUUAAACAUCUUGAGUGAAAAAGGAACCCUCAGUGUUAAUGCUUUGUAAAUGAUUUUUCUUUGCUUUUACAGAAAAUUAACUCCUGGCUAAUCAAAUGAAGAAAGAAAUGAUCUUUUAAAAGGUUCUUUUGUGUUAAAUAUUGUAUUAGACAUUGUAUUAGAGAUCUGCAUUUACUACAAGCUCCUUUUUUUCAACUUUAUUUUGGAGAAGAUAGUAACACACAAAGUAGUUCAGUCAUGUCGUUUGUCUGGGGUGGCAUGGAGCAAGUAGUGUAGAAAGUUUGAAGCUAUAGAAGAAAUCACUUGGUCAUUUCUUUGGAAGAACGGAAUUUUUGAACCCUAAAAAUUACGUCGUCUUUUAGAAAUGAAAAGCUCGUGGACUCCUACAAAACAUGUUGUAUUUAAAAUACAUCUGUUAAAACUUACAAACUUAAAGUGUGAUUUUUGUGAUGAAUUUAUUGAAGUUUAAGUAUUCCUUUAAUCAGUGAAGGACAGCCCUUAUUUAUUACUUUGAGCAAUUGUAUACUUUGCUGUUAGAAAUUUUGGUAUUGGGACAGUGGUUAAGCAGACAAUGUAUAGUACAGAGUCCUUAGAAGAUACGUAUGGGAAAGUCUUCUUUCAAAUAAAAGUUAAUUUCUUUGAAAA